AUGAAAAAUUUACUCGCAGAAUCCCUGGUUGAGGCUAUUUGCGCAAAGACCAAAGAACUUUUAAUGCAAGAAAGUAAUGUCGUACAUAUACAAGCUCCUGUAACAGUAGUAGGUGAUAUACAUGGACAAUUCUAUGAUUUGAUUGAGAUUUUUAAAAUCGGAGGGUUUUGUCCCGACACAAACUAUUUAUUUCUAGGUGAUUAUGUAGAUCGAGGAAUGUUCAGUGUAGAGACUAUCUCUCUACUAGUCUGCCUCAAACUACGCUAUCCACACAGAGUACAUUUGAUACGCGGAAACCAUGAAUCCAGAGGAGUUACACAAUCCUAUGGUUUCUACACUGAGUGCUCAAGAAAAUACGGAAACGCGAAUGUUUGGCACUUUUUUACAGAUAUGUUUGAUUUUCUCACCCUUAGUGUCGUUAUAAAUGAUCAGAUAUUUUGUGUGCAUGGAGGUCUCUCCCCCUCUAUUCAUUCAAUCGACCAAAUAAAGGUUAUAGACCGAUAUCGUGAAAUACCCCAUGAAGGUCCUAUGGCGGAUCUAGUCUGGUCCGACCCAGACCCCGAGCGUGACGAAUUUUCGUUGUCACCCCGAGGAGCUGGGUACACAUUUGGUGCAGAAGUCGUGAAAAAAUUCCUAGCAGUGAACAAUAUGACACACAUUCUUCGCGCGCAUCAGUUGUGUCAGGAAGGAUAUCAAGUUCUAUAUGAUGACAGAUUGAGUACCGUGUGGAGUGCUCCAAAUUACUGCUACAGAUGUGGAAAUAUGGCGAGUGUACUCGAAGUCAGCGACUUAGGUGAAAGGUUCUUUAAUGUGUUUGCGGCUGCUCCAGAAAACGACUUCUUAAAAGGAGAAUUGCAUAAUGGAACCGAAAAAGUAUCCGAUGGGAAUUCAUUGCCGGAUUACUUUUUGUAG